GUUGUUGGUUAAAUUUUAAGAAAAUCGGAAUUUGUUUAUUUCGAGUAAAAGUAAAGUAAAAGUUGAAGAACCGAAGAGCUGCGCGGCCAACGGCAGAAUUAAAUGCUGAUCGACAGUCGCAGAAGUCAGACACGAAGCGACGCGAUACGCGAGUUUUCGUACAGAUCAGACUCAAAUAUGUGGAAGAGUAGGAAUAGCAGAAGCAACAUAAUGCCUGCCAUUAUGUAUGUGUUAAGUGUGCUGCUGCUGCUGGCUGCAGUCUGCCUGCAGCGGGAAGUGGAGUGUGCAACGUCUACUGCAUCGCCUCGCACUGCCCGCAUAAUGCAGUUCCUGAGGGAGCCCCCACCCAGCUUCCAUGCCAAUCGCCGUGUUGGCGUUGGCCCAGGGCAAGGGCCACGCCUGCGACCAAAUGGAGACAACUUGAGGCCACCAACACCCUGGCGACCACCGAUGCCACCGCCAGUGCUCGCUGGACAGCAGCUGCUGCGGCGUGAGUUCAAUGGCAAUUGGCCCUAUGCUGGCAAUGGCGGCAACCGCUUUGCCCACUCCAAGGAUGCGGCGCCUGUGCUGGAUGUGGGCAAGAAUCAGUUCUAUCGGCCCAAGGAGGCGCCACAAUUCAACUACAAUGUCAACCAGUAUACGCCGAAUUUCAAGGCCUCGCCGCCCCACUACAACGUGAACAAGGAGCAACCGCAGAAGUUUCCAGGAUAUACACCAAUCAAACAAUACGCCAUACCAAUGGAGGCCAGCAAAUAUGUGGCCAACUAUGCCGAGACACCGACCAAGCAGCCUCAGCAAUUGGCACAAGCUGCCAGCGGCUAUGCCGUCUACGAAGACACAGACAAUGUGAAGAAUGUCGCUCCAUUUGCCAACAACUAUCAGCAGACCUCGCAGCUGUCCAAGGAAGCGGAAAGCUAUUUGCAUUUCAUGAGUACCAAUGAUUAUUUCCUGCCCAGACGCGAGCCCAACUACAAGCAGCUAGACUUGGAGCGUGAUCAAAUCAACUACCAGCAACAGAGACUGGUUCAACAGCAGCAGCAGCAACAACAUCAGCAACAACAGCAGCAACAACAACAUCAGCAACAGUUGCUGGAUAGCAGCGUUUCAUCCAGCUAUAACAAGCCUUUGCGAGUCGCAGAUCUCUUCUAUCAGCAGGAUCCAGCACCGCAUAGUUCGACUGUGGUGCGCGGCAGCUAUCAGGCAGGACAAAAUGCCUUUGUUGUCAAGUCGGAUGGCAAUAAGUCUGUGAAGCACAUCUUGUCCACUUCGUUGACACCGCGCACUACUCAAGUGCCACCAGCGUCGACGUACAGUCAUGUCCGGCAUGGCGCACAGAAGACAGUGACUCCCGAGCCAGUGAGAUUUGAGUUUACGGAGCACGAUGCGAUCAGAGGCUCGGCUAGUUAUACGAAUGCGCCACAUGGACAAAAAUAUUACUACGAAACCCACACAGCUGCACCACCACCACCGCAAACACCCGCUGUGAGCGUGGCGCCCAUACCCGAGAGCGUGGCCCCCGUGAAGGAGGAGCCAAAGGAGAGCGCCGAAUAUGACAACAAGGACAACGACUAUAAGCCAGCGCCAACAGCGUUUUCACCCGAAUCCUCAGCCGACAGCCAACAGGACAAUGACGCUCAUUGCGAGAAAAUUUGUGCGAAAGUCUAUGAUGAAAAUGAUGAAAUAGUUUGUGGCUCUGACGGAUAUAUGUAUACGGGAGAAACCCAAUUGGAGUGUUAUUCGACAUGUCUAAAUAUCAAGGUGUCGAUAAAGAGCAAAGGGUCAUGUGCUUAAAAGUACAAUUUAAAUGAAUUCGAUUAAUUUAUUUGUUUAGUUGUAAUAUUUAUUUUAA